AUGGAGCCCUGUUGCAAAUAUUACAAACAGAAUGACAUUCCAAGUGUCCUGUCAGCACUCUAUUCAUCUGUGCCACACAUUGCUAUGUACUCAGAGAUAUGCAUGGGAAUUUUACAGUAUUGGGAAAUUCCAGAACAUAUCUUUACUCUUAGUGAAACAACUGAAAUAGGUACACAUUUAGCAAACAGAAAAGAAGGUCUAGAGUGUUAUAAUCCAUCAAUUACUCUAUUGGGUAAGGAAAGUAAUAAUGUCUCCGGAAUGGUUGAGGGUGAGCACAUGGCAAGUUGCAUAACUGAAAGUAGUUUGGGUAACUUGGCAUUAUCAUGUCUUGAUAAUGAUCUUAAAGUACACGCGAUGGACAAGUUUUCGUUGGGUACAAUGACACAUCCUGACCACUCUGUUCAGCAGAGAAAUGGUGACACCUCCGCAAAACAGGAUUGUCCUUCUAUGGAUACUAGCCUUCUAGACCAGACCAAAGUCGAAUAUACAAUGUCUACUGGUUCAGUUAGCCAGCUUGCUGAUCGAUCAUACUUUAUCCAACAAAGUUUGUCUGAAAAGUCAAGUUUGAUAGAAAAUGCUACUUGUUCUUCAAAGAGCAACAGCAGUUAUAGGGGGCAUGUGAAUGGUAUGGGUCUUACUGCAAAAAUGUCCUCUCAGCAUGAAGCAGCUGUUGAUAGACUUGGUGGAAGAGAAUGCAGUAAUUCAGCUGGUGAUUGCUUAUAUAUGGGGUCAUCUUUCAAAUCCCAGUCAUACAUAAAUAGCUAUGUUCAUGGAGAUUUUGCUGCGUCUGCCGCUGCUAAUCUUGCGGUUCUUUCAUCUGAGGAAAANCGUGAAGCAGCUGUUGAUAGACUUGGUGGAAGAGAAUGCAGUAUUUCAUCUGGUGAUUGCUUAUAUAUGGGGUCAUCUUUCAAAUCCCAGUCAUACAUAAAUAGCUAUGUUCAAGGAGAUUUUGCUGCGUCUGCCGCUGCUAAUCUUGCGGUUCUUUCAUCUGAGGAAAACCAGAUUUCUGAGUCUCAUGAUCCAGACAAUCGGAAGAAAAUUAUAUCUGCUAAUGUUUCACUCCAAGUAAAAGCAUUUUCAUCAGCAGCAAUACGCUUUUUCUGGCCAAAUACUGAAAAGAAGCUUGUGGAAGUCCCCAGGGAAAGGUGUGGUUGGUGUUUUUCUUGCAAGGCUUCCGUUACAAGCAAGAGGGGAUGCUUUUUAAAUGCAGCUGCCUCAACUGCCAUCAAAGGGGCUAUGAAGGUAUUAGCUGGUCUUCGUCCAGCAAAGAAUUUAGUUGGAAGUCUUUCUGGGAUUGCAGCCUAUGUGAUGUUAAUGGAGGAGAGUUUACAUGGCCUAACACUUGGCCCCUUCCUAAGUGCACCUUAUAGAAAACAAUGGCGUAAACAAGUUGAACAGGCUGGAGCUUUUGGUUCCAUAAAAAUUCUUUUGCUUGGACUUGAGGAAAACAUUCGCACCGUUGCUCUUUCCCCUGACUGGAUAAAGCUUGUCGAUAAUUGGUCUGUUGACUCUUCUGCAACCCAGAGUAGUACAAGUGCUGCUGGGUCAACUCAGAAAUGUGGACCAGGGAGACGUGGCAGAAAACCAUCUGCUACGUCUGAAGUGACAGCUAAUGAUUGCCAGGAUAAAUUGACCGACUUCUUCUGGUGGCGAGGGGGUUUGCUAUCGAAGCUUAUAAUCCAAAAAGGGACUUUGCCGCGCUCAAUUGUCAAGAAAGCAGCUCGCCAAGGUGGUUGCAGAAAGAUAACUGGUAUUCAUUAUGCUGAAGGUUCUGAGAUUCCUAAAAGAAGCAGACAGCUUGUUUGGAGAGCUGCAGUUGAAAUGAGUAAGACUACCUCACAGCUUGCGCUUCAGGUUAGGUAUCUAGACCUUCAUCUGAGAUGGAGCGACCUUGUUCGUCCCGAACAAAGUCUACAGGAUGGAAAAGGUCCUGAGACUGAAGCUUCUGCUUUCAGAAAUGCUUGCAUAUGUGAUAGGAAAUUUGUGGAAAACAAAAUCAGAUAUGGCGUUGCUUUUGGAAAUCAAAAGCACCUCCCCUCCCGUGUCUUGAAGAACAUCAUAGAAGUAGAGCAAAGUCAAGAUGGACAGGAAAAAUAUUGGUUUUUUGAAACGCGCAUUCCUCUAUACUUGAUUAAAGAGUAUGAAGAAAACAUGGUUAAUAUGUCUUUGCCAUCGGCUGAUAAGACAAUGCAUGCACUGUCUAAAUUGCAAAGAAGGCGAUUGAAGGCUUCCUGUACAGAUGUAUUCUCUUAUCUUUCCCGGAAGAGAGAUAAUAUUGACAACUGCUGUAGUGCUUCAUGCCAAUUGGAUGUUUUACUUGGGUAA